AUGUUUGAAGGUGGUCAGAGGGGGGUUGGUGUGGGGGGGCAGCCGCGCUUCCCUCAGUCUGCCCCGGGGCAGCCACGCUUCCCUCAGUCUGCCCCGGGGCAGCCGCCCUUCCCUCAGUCUGCCCCGGGGCAGCCGCGCUUCCCUCAGUCUGCCCCGGGGCAGCCGCGCUUCCCUCAGUCUGCCCCGGGGCAGCCACGCUUCCCUCAGUCUGCCCCGGGGCAGCCGCCCUUCCCUCAGUCUGCCCCGGGGCAGCCGCGCUUCCCUCAGUCUGCCCCGGGGCAGCCGCGCUUCCCUCAGUCUGCCCCGGGGCAGCCGCGCUUCCCUCAGUCUGCCCCGGGGCAGCUGUCACCACUGGUAAUAAUGUCUGAGCAGAACAGUAAACUAACUUCAGCCCACAGAAAUAUCCACAACACAGGUCCAUCUCAGCAGCUCCACGCUGCUUCUCUCCACGACCCAACUCCACCUCCUAGUGGAGCCUCCUCAGUGGCAGUGCUGCCUCCUGUCUGGUCUGAGUGA